GACCCGUUCAAGAUCAUGAGAAGGAGGAAAUAGAUGAAAUCUUAAUGUUUGAAGAGAAAGUCGAUGUAGGUAUUAUUAGACCAUUUGAAUUAUUUAUAACAUUAUCCCACUUUACAUGGAGAGAUCCAGAAGCGAACAUAAUUCUUAGUGAUGAACCAAAGGUGGUGAAAAAAUGUGAUACAUUUGUGGUGGUUUUAAUAGGUC